AUGUCGUCCGCCGUCGAAGAGACGAAGGUCGAGGGGGCCAUCGAUGUGAAGACUGAGAUCCAGCCUCAUGUCGAUCAUAGCGAGAAGCUCGACCACCAUGAGGUCUUGAAUAACAAGGAUCUCAUGAAUGAGGCCAUCGAGCGAGAGAACGAGGAACAUGAGAUGGGCGUUUGGGAGGCAGCCAAGUCCCACCCAAAGGCUUGCAUUUGGGCCUUCAUCUUUUGCUUCACCAUCGUUAUGGAGUCUUUUGACAUGUUCCUGAACACCAACUUUGUCGCCCUGACUUAUUUCAAAGAGCGGUUCGGCGUCAAGACUGCUACAGGCGAAUGGUCCAUUCCAACUCGGUGGCAGAGUGCCCUCUUCCAGUCCGGUCAGUGUGGUGCCUUCGUCGGUGUCUUUGCAGCUGGCCCAGUUACCAAUCGCCUUGGCUACCGAUGGACCACCAUCUUGGCCCUUAUUCUCAUGAAUGCAACGAUUUUCAUUUCUUUCUUCUCUACUUCUCUUGGUAUGAUGGUUGCGGGACAACUGCUGGAGGGUAUCCCCUGGGGCUUCUUCAUUGCCAACUCUCCCGCCUAUGCUAGUGAGGUUGUGCCACUCUCCCUCCGCGGUGCCACCACUGCAACUUUGCAAAUGAGUUGGUCCAUUGGGUCCAUCAUCGUCUCUGGCGCGAGUUAUGCGUACAACAACCGUAUGGAUCAGUGGUCUUGGCGACUACCAACUGCCUUGCAGUGGCUCUUCCCGACACCCCUUCUGGUGCUGAUCUUCUUCGCACCCGAAUCGCCCUGGUGGCUCAUCCGUCGCGGCCGCAAGGACGAGGCCCUUCGCUCUAUCGAACGUCUGGGCGACAAGGGCGACAAGGCCCAGAAGACCUUGGCCAUGAUCGAGCGAACCGUCGAACUUGAGUCCGAGGCGGGUGGCAGCCCAACUCUUCUAGACCUGUUCAAGGGAACCGACCUUCGCAGAACAGCCAUCAUCUGCAUGAUGUAUGCAUCGCAGAAUUUCGCCGGUAACCUCAUCGCAAACCAAGCUACAUACUUCUUCGAACAAGCCGGUAUCUCCACCGACAAGUCCUUCAUGCUCAACUUGAUCAACUCGUGCCUUGGGCUCGUCGCCAACGCCCUGUCCUGGCCGCUUACUGCCUAUUUCGGUCGUCGCCAAAUUUAUCUCUGGGGCACAGCCGUUAACGUUACUUUUCUCUUCAUGCUCGCUAUCUUUGGCUCGGUUCAUCAGAGUCACGCGACCAGCUACGCCCAAGCCUGUCUCGGUGUCAUCAUCUCCUUCGUGUACGCCGGUACCAUGGGCCCCAUUACUUACACCAUCAUUGCCGAGACCUCUUCCGUUCGCCUUCGCGCACUGAGCACCGGUGUCGGUCGUGCUGCGUACUACAUUGCUGAAAUCCCGAUGAUUUUCCUCUCUUCCCAGAUGCUUAACUCGACCGGAUGGAACCUUGCUGGCAAGUGUGGUUAUGUCUGGGGAUGCACCGCUAUUACCUGCUGGAUCCUGGCGUACUUCUUCUUGCCUGAACUCAAGGGCCGCUCGUACCGUGAGAUUGAUAUCUUGUUCAACCGUAAGGUUUCGGCCCGGAAGUUCAAGUCUACCCACAUCGAUGUUACGGAGAACGAGUAA